AUGGGUCUUGCUCCCCUUGGUCACGUUCUUUUCAAGAACUUCUUGAACUUCAAUCCUAAGAACCCUAAGUGGGCUGGCCGUGAUAGAUUUGUUCUCUCAAACGGUCACGCUUGUGUCCUUCUAUACUCUCUUUUGCACCUUUUCGGUUAUGAUGUGACUCUUGAUGACCUUAAGAAUUUCAGACAACUUGGUUCUCGUACUCCUGGUCACCCUGAGAAUGACCUUUGUGGUGUUGAGGUCACCACUGGUCCUCUUGGUCAAGGUAUUGCUAAUGCUGUUGGUUUAGCUCUUGCUGAGUCUCAAUUGGCUGCUACUUUUAACAAGCCCGGUUACGACCUUAUUGAUAACUACACUUACGCUAUCUUCGGUGAUGGUUGUAUGCAAGAGGGUGUUGCAUCCGAGGCUAUGUCUCUUGCCGGUCACUUGAAGUUGGGCAAGCUCAUUGCUUUCUACGAUGAUAACCACAUCACCAUUGAUGGUGAUACCAAUGUUUCAUUUACUGAAGAUGUCUUGAAGAGACUCGAGGCUUAUGGAUGGCACACUAUCUGGGUCAAGGAUGGUAACACCGACUUGGCCGGUAUCACUGCUGCUAUUGAGGAAGCUAAGAAGGUAACUGAUAAGCCCUCUGUCAUCAAGGUCACCACCACUAUUGGUUACGGUUCUAAGCAACAAGGUACUCACAGUGUCCACGGUGCUGCUCUUAAAAAGGAUGAUAUUGUUCAACUCAAGGAGCAAUUCGGUUUUGACCCUGAGCAGAACUUUGUGAUUCCUAAGGAAGUCACUGAGUUGUAUGCCCAGACCGUAAAGGCUGGUGCCGAGCGUGAAGUCGAGUGGAACAACUUGCUUUCCAAAUACUCCAAGGAAUUCCCUGAGCUUGCUUCUGAGCUUACUCGUCGUCUUAAGGGUGAACUUCCCGCUGGUUGGGAGAAGAAGCUGCCAACUUACUCUACUUCUGACCCUGCUAUUGCUUCUCGUAAGCUUUCUGAAACUGUUCUUACUGACAUUUUCGAAGUUCUUCCUGAACUUAUCGGUGGUUCUGCUGAUUUGACUGGUUCCAACUUGACUAGACCUAAGGACAUCAACGACUACCAACCUACCCAAGACCCUGCCAGCGGUGACUACACCGGUAGAUACAUUAGAUACGGUGUCCGUGAACACGGUAUGGGUGCUGUUAUGAAUGGUAUUGCUGCUUAUGGUGCUUUCAUUCCUUAUGGUGGUACUUUCUUGAAUUUCGUUUCAUAUGCCGCUGGUGCCGUCAGAUUGUCUGCCUUGUCCCACCACCACGUCAUCUGGGUUGCCACCCAUGACUCCAUUGGUUUGGGUGAGGAUGGUCCUACCCACCAACCUAUUGAGACUUUGGCUCACUUUAGAGCUAUCCCCAACCUCCAAGUCUGGCGUCCUGCUGAUGGUAAUGAGACCUCUGCUGCCUACUUCAAAGCUAUUACCAACAGCCACAGUCCUUCCAUCAUUUGUCUUUCUCGUCAAAACUUGCCUCAAUUAGAAGGCUCUUCUGUUGAGAAGGCUUCCAAGGGUGGUUACACUUUGGUUGAGGCUGAGAACCCCGAUGUUCUUAUUGUUUCCACCGGUUCUGAAGUUUACAUCGCUGUUGAUGCUGUUAAGGAGCUUGCUAAGGAAGGAAUCAAGGCUGGUGUCAUCUCUUUGCCUGAUUGGCAUACCUUCAACCAACAACCUCAAGAGUACAGACUUUCUGUCUUCCCUGAUGGUGUUCCAAUCUUGUCUGCUGAAGUUAUGUCCACUUCUGGUUGGCAAGCUUACUCUCACCAACAAUUUGGUAUUAACAGAUUCGGUGCUUCUGGUCCUUAUCAAGAUGUUUACAAGUACUUUGAAUUUACCCCCGAGGGGAUUGCCAAGCGUGCUAAGGCUACUGCCGAGUAUUACAAGGGCCAAACUGUCAAGUCUCCUCUCCACAAGGCUUUUUAA